UGCGUGUCGUGCGUGUGGUGUAGUGUAUGUACGUUUAUUGCAAUGCAAUAAAUUUUUUGAGAAAUACGGUGAAAAAACAAGUAAAAUGUCGAAAUCAGUACCGGAUAGGUGGUUGCAAUAUAAGCCUUAUGGAGCGGUGAUCGAAGGCACCAAAAUUUUGGCAUUUAAAGUUCCACUUCGUGAGGGAGUGGCGAAGAAUCUACAACAAGAACAACGGUUCACAACUGCGAUCCUGCGACAGUCGUUUCCGAAACUCAAGUACGUCGUGGACUUGACAAAUACCAGUCGUUACUAUGACAAGAAGGAAUUCACCGAUGCUGGAGUUCAGUACGAGAAAGUUAUGGUGCCAGGAAUACAGGUACCUCCGAUGGAUGCCGUAAAAAAGUUUUUUAAAGCCAUGGAGAAUUUCACGGCGGUUUGCGGAGAUGAUCAAAUUAUAGGCGUACACUGUACUCAUGGGAUCAAUCGAACAGGAUAUUUCAUAUGCCGAUACCUCGUACAACAACUCGGCUGGAAGCUUUCACACGCCCUAAAAGCCUUCCAAGACGCACGAGGAUAUCCUAUAGAACGUCAGACGUAUGUGGCCGAGUUAAAACGAACUCCUUGCGGUAAGAAAAUUGAUACUAGCAAGGUGGUUUUAACACCGGCGCCGAACGCUCGCGUUAAGAAGCAGAAAGCAAAAAAGAAGCCAGCUACAAAGCCAGCGGCAGGAAAGCCUCCAGCAGGAAGGCCUCCGGCAGGAAGGCCUCCUCCGCCACAUCCUCCGUUUGGUCCAAUGAUGGGUCCACCGGGAUAUGGGCCACCCCGACGUGGUUUCGCAAAUGGCGUGCCAUUCCCCCCACCUCGAUUUGGUUUUGGUCCACCACCUCAACCGGGAUUCGGACCUAGAUUACCUCCACAUCCAAUGCCUCCUGGGCCUCUACCACCACCCGGUCCCAGAUUCGGCCCCAGGUUAGGACCCAGAAUGGGAAUUAGGCCGCCCAUGCCACCUAUGCCACCUCAUAUGGGGCCGCCAAUGCCACAUCCACGUGGUCCACUACGUAUGCCACUUCCGCACAGAAUGCCGAUGCCACCAAGAAUGGGAGGACCUCCAAGGAUGCAUGGGCCUCCAAGAUUACCUAUGGGUCCAAUGCCAAGGUUACCUCCACCAAAAAUGGCAAUGCCACGACAUCCGGUACCACAAAUGCCAACGAAGCGUAAUGCACAACCAACGGUUAAGCGGCAAACCCGUGCUGCUGCGGCCGUAGUCAAGGCCACAAAAGAUCAAGACUUUACAGCUGACACAUUUGAAGAGAAUUUAGCUGCACAACCAGCGAAGAAGGCAAAGAAAGCUCCCGUAAAAGCCAAGUGAUGAUGCGUCCUGUAGGACUUGUAUCGUGUACAAUUCAAUUUAUAUUGUAAAUUCAGUAAGGUGUACAAUGCUUACUAUUCACAAUCAGUCACUCAGUUUCACAAAUCACUUUUAAAGAUAUAAAUUUAAGUCAUUCACAAAUACUUUUUAAACAGCUGCAGUUAUUUGCUCUUUUAAAUCCAAUUGCGCAGUUUUUAUUGGAAUAUAUUUUAAAAUUUUAAGAAAAACGAAACGGAUUUUAACAAACCGGGUGUCUGGUUUGAAAAUACUCUUACUGCAUUCACCUGACUUUAUACCUUAUCUUGAUCAAAAAAUAACCCAAACCACCAGCAAGGGAACCUUUUUGUAUUUAUUAUGAAUCUAUAUCUGCUAGAGUAACUGCCAAAUGUCUGUUUUAGCUGCGGGUGUAAAUCAAUUAUAACGAAUUCUUGGUGAACUUAGCAAUCAUUGAUCGCUGGUGGUAGGGUCAAUAUAACAUAUAUAUUUAAUAUUAAGGAACCUCGAAGCUGAGGAUGAUUGAAUGAAUGUCGUUUGAGAUUUUUUGUGCCCUCAUUUUUUCUACAUACGUUCAUUUCUUACUUUUCUCUAUGAUUGCAGUUCUGUAUGUCGAUUAUGGAUUCUAUGCAAAUCAUUCGAUACUCCUAUAUCUUUCAUGAAAUAUUUAAGUUUACGACACUGACGUAAUAAAUAUACAUCCUCGCAAUAACUGAUUAGUUUAUUAAAAUUGUCAUACGACGAAGAGUCUGAAAAAGAUUGAUAAUAAAAUAAAGAGCGUGCUGUUCAAAA